CUGGAAAGAAACUCGGCGUCGUCAGCAGUUGCAACGCGGGGCGGAGAGGCGGACCACGGCGAAAGAAAUCAUAUAACUGGAAACUGGCAUGGAAAUAGCGCAAAAGGAGACGCUCACCUGUUAGACUACUGAAUUGCCACUAUGCAGUCGACACAGCAGUCCAGCACAGAUUAGGUGGUGGUGAUGGAUAAAACCCUGGAAAUGAUUAUUCCACAGAUUGAGUGUAUGUGCAGAUGAGAUUCUGCACUGACAACGCCACCCCUUUCCGUGCCUGAAAUAUUCUGGAUCCCAGGAGGGUUUUUUCGUCAUCACCAUGAUCAGAUUCUUCAGGAGACUCUAGCACUGCAGACCAUCACCAAGGAGGGAAGAGGCUGGGCACAGAGCCCUGUAUAUCCCAAAUGCAGUCGGACAUAGCGAAGGACACAUGAACCAUGUAGUGUGCCUCUAUCUGCCACAGGGGGGAGGGUUAACUUUGUAGUUCUUUUUUGUACAGUUUUUUUUUUUUGGCUGGGAGUUGGUCUACAAGGUGAGCCAGAAAUGGUCUUGCACACAUCUCCCUACCCUAGUGCCUUCUUCAGUUUUCUGAGCCGUCUGUCUUGGGCCUUUGUUUUCCCUUGCUACUGGCUGUUGGACCGGUUGUUGGCCUCCUGUGUAGCAACAUCACUAGAGAAGCGUAUACGCUCCCAAGAUCCCUGUUCUUUUUUGGCACUUGGGGUCCUGAUCUCUACACCACUCUACUUGGUGCUGUUACUGGCAUCCUUACCCUUUGCUUUUAUUGGCUUCCUCUUGUGGGCCCCACUGCAGACCAUCAGGAACCCCUAUAUCUACUCUCAUCAGAAAGCAGACAAGCAUGGCGCUGAGCAUGGAACAUCGGCUGGAACCAGGGCAGCACUUGCGGAGUGGCGUCCACAAGGUCGCAGCUUUUGUUUUGGCAGUGCCAAUGUUUGCUUGCUGCCGGACUCACUCGCGCGCUUCAACAACCUUGCGGACACUCAACGCCGAGCUCGUGAAGUGGGCAAGCGAAUCCGUAAUGGUGCCAGCAGACCCCAGAUCAAGAUAUACAUUGACUCGCCCACUAAUACAUCAAUCAGUGCGGCAUCCUUCUGCAGUUUGGCCACCCAGGGCUUCCGCCGCACCUCAUCUUUGGACCAUCGUCCUGAGCCUGUGGUCACCACUGAAACUGAGACUGAGGCCUUAACUGAAUGUCCUGUUCACCCCUCAGGAGGUACAGGCUCAGAUUGCCCUAUCCACAGCACUGGGGCCCAGAAUUCCUCAGAGUGUCCCCUCCACCCCAAUGGAGAAGAGCAUGCUCCUGAUUGUGCCGUCCACCAGUUUGCAGACCCACACUCCUCUGUUGAUUGUCCAGUACAUAGCAACAUCAUCCAGAACUCAGAACACUGUCCUCUCCAUCCUGCUGGAGUGCAAAUUAGCAUCACCUCUCCUGAUUCUGAGCCCACUGAGGCUGAAAAAGGAAACCAUCAGAACUGGGAUGGGGAUAUGGGUAGCCUAGAAAGCCGUACGGCCUCCCGGGAAUCCCUAGUUCGCUUCCACGCAGCUGAUGGAGGCAUCUCCCCCAACAACACCCUUUCACAACACCGCACCUCAGUCUUUAAAAGGCCAAUUGGGCGCAAACGGCGUCAUGGUGAUGACAGUUUUGACCAUGAGAUCUCUGCCUUUUUUCCAGCCAACCUGGACUUCCUUUGUCUACAGGAAGUCUUCGAAAGGCGAGCUGCAGACAGGCUCAGAAGGCAGCUGCAACGCUAUUUUCCCUUUGUGCUGAGCGAUGUGGGACGCUAUGGCUGGAAAGGCUGUUUCUCCCAGUUCAAGUUCUUGAACAGCGGGCUUCUGUUGGCCAGUCGUUACCCUAUUUUGGAUGCCCAUUACGAGUGCUUCCCUAAUGGGCGCAGCGAGGAUGCUCUGGCUGCUAAAGGAGUUCUUUUUGCCAAGGUGCAGGUGGGAAGAUCUGCUCAGGAUCAGCGGAUUGUUGGAUAUAUCACUUGUACUCAUCUGCAUGCUAUUGAAGGUGAUUCAUCGGUGCGCUGCGAGCAGUUGGAUAUGCUGCUGGAGUGGGGUGCAGAGUUCAAGAGGGCCACCUCGGGACCCAUGGACGAGGAGAAGGUUCUGGAAGAUCAGGUGGCCUUCGACGUCAUCCUCGGAGAUCUUAACUUUGACAACUGCUCUUCAGAGGAUAAGCUGGAACAGCAGCAUGGCCUCUUCACUCAUUAUAAAGACCCCUGUCGUCUUGGUCCUGGAGAAGACAAACCAUGGGCUUUGGGUACAUUGCUGGACACAAGUGGUCUGUAUGAUGAGGAAGUCAGCUCACCAGAGAGCCUACAAAAAGUUAUGGAGAAUGAAGAGGGGAGAAAAGAGUACUUGGUGUUCCCUGCCAGCAAGAACCAUUGUCCCAGCCAGAAGGGGCGCAAAAUCCCCCUAAAAGGUAAUGGCAGGAGAAUCGAUUACAUCCUUUAUAAAGAGGAAUGCCUGCAGCAAGACUGGAAAGUGGAUAUAGAGGAGUUCAGCUUCAUCACUCAACUUGCUGGAUUGACUGACCACCUCUCAGUGGCUGCAAGAUUGGUUGUGUCAACUGGAGAAGAGGAGACUUAGGACCCGUCCAUAAUUUAAAAAAUCAAUGCCAAGGAGAGAGAAGGGAAGAGGCAAAGAGAGAGUGAGAGAACUGAGUGAAAGGAAAAACAGCAAGAGGAUGCAUUUGUCCAGCUUCCCGGCAGAUGAAGGCAGGGUGAUUGAGUAAGUCAUAAAAAACGAUGGAUGACAGAGAAGUGAGAACACAGACAAGAGAGCGGGGUGAAGGAAUAGAGAAACUACCAAUCAGCUGAAAGCAGCUUGAAGGUUGAAGAUUUUGUGGACCUUGGUUCUCCAUCCACCCCUUGACUCUCAGUGUUUACAUCUGAUCUGAAGAACAAAAUUAAAGAUUUACUCACCUUUGCACUUCUGAAGCUUCUCUGGGGCCCUUAAUGGGGCGGAGGCCAUUUCUGGUGCCAUGACCCGGAUAUUUAAAUGAAGGCUAUACUUUGUAAGAAGGAAGAAUGCAUACAUUGACUGUUCCGGUCAUCCUGUCACACAAUAUGGAAAAGGACAUAUACAGUUAGUCCACCAUAGUCCAGGGAUAGUCCAAGAUCUAUCCAUCAGCGUUCUUCAAAAGACCUCAGCAAGUGUCUUUCUUUUCUAACAUCUUUCUAAGGUUUCUAUGGCCUCGUGCCAUCUUUUUAGGGAGUUUAUAGACUGAUAUGCAAUACUGAUCAAGGUUGCAUUGUAUGGCCUCGUGUAACACUAAGAUAAACAACAUGUUUCUUUGUCUGCUGGGAUUCAUUAAUCAAGUCCUGAAGUAUGGCAGUGGCGCCAUCACUGCAAACUAUGAAAAAACUGAGCAAUUUGUGGGAAUUUAACACCCAACUGUUGCUAAAUGCAUGUUUGCCAGUGCACUGCCAUGUCUGUCAUGGCCUGCAUGCUUGACAUGAACCCCAAGACUCAAUUAACACAGACUAUUUUUCACACUCACGCCCCAUCCCCUAACACUUUUCCUUCUUUCAGUAUUGCUGUGGCUCCAUCACAGGAGAAUGGUGUCAUAAAAGGCAUCGCAGUGUUCACUGUUUACAUAUUUGAGCCAAGAUUGUCAUCCCCUGCAAAUGUUUACACACUUAUCAGGCAACGGUACCCCAAGAACUACCCCAGGUAGACCCACUGAAGCUCGCUCUUCAUGUGUUAACACAAUUACUUUUAUACUCUCUAAAAUUCUCUUGUUAAGUUGUUGUUAUUGUUAUUAUUAUCAUUAUUCUUAUGAAUACUAUGGUUCGUAGAUUUGACAUUAUGUGCUUUUUACAAAUGACUACAUUCCCCAUGAUUCAUUUAUCUGCUUUUUGCUGUGUUAGAGGUUUACAAUGUAAUGUUUUGACUGACAGACUAAUUGGCCAAUCAGUAUCCCUAUAAACAACUUUAGAAUUACCAUAUCAAAUGCUGUAUUCCAUUCAGUUGUGCAAGAGAAUGCUACUAAAACACAAGAACUAAAAGGUGUUCGGUUGUGUUAAUGUUUUAUUUUUAUUUUUUUAUGCGCCUUCUCCAUAGUUGUGAAAAUACAUACUAAAAUACAAAAAUAAUAAAGGAACGCAUGUCUUCAUCAUUUGUUGAAAGGGUCUGAGCAUGGAGAGUAACUCUAAAGUGUUGGUUCUUUUUUUUAGUAUCAACAAUGUAUAUGUGAUGCUUUUGAGUCAAAUCUUUUUUAGGUGAAUCAGAAAUAUACAGCGCAAGUACUGAAGUCCGAUUUCUGAUGAUUGACU